CUGUACAAACGAUCUUCGAGUGCAGGUACAGCAAAAGUAGACACUGAUAGUUACAAAGAAAGAACUCAGUCGUUAGAUCGAUCUCGACCAUUUUCUGUAUACGAAAAAGUACUGCUUUUGUACGCUUAUCUAAAUCUGUUUAAGAAAUUAAAAAAUUUCAAGUAG